ACCACUCGUACGACUUUUUAAUCACCUUUCCACACAUGAACGAUCAAUCGAUCAGUCUUUAGGCAGAGCCUCCUCUCGUUCCACUGAUCCCUCGAUCAUCUCUGCUAAUUUUCCCAUGGCUGUAGCUGCCUGCUCUGCUUAAAGGAACCCUGGAAAGGUUAGCUUCUCCCUGAAAGAACUUAGCUCGUUACACACACGCAAAGAGGAGCAAAGCUGGCUCUCCAUGUACACACACUGACACACAGAGCAAAAGGUUUAGCAGCAACCUUGGGUUUAGAGGCAGAUCGACCGUCGAUUCUCCUCUUGCUCUCCUGUCGAAUACCUUCCUUCUCGCCGGGGUCUCCGCCGGCCGUCGCUUUGCUUGCCGGCGAGGCUUUCCCGGAUCCCCCCUCUCGCCCCUACAUUGGCUUCAGACCUUCAGUACCUGGCCAAAAGCUGCUCUGCUAGUCGCUAGCCCGUGCAUGACACGCUGGCUUCUCCGCAUGCUUGCGUGGCUUCGUGCAUGUAUUCGCAAGGGGGAAGAGGCGUUCUAAGCAGGAAUUAAAGCUUCUUCUUUCCUGUGGCAGUGACAGUGGUGCUUGCUCUGCUUAUAUGUAUUGUUACUGACUAGCUCAGAGCAGAGUACGUGCUGCAAGAACUGCUAAACGGUUUCAGAAUCUACGGAGCGUGUUCCUGUUGGAAGAUCAAGCUAGCGAGAUUUUGGAGGUUGAGGCGAUCGACGUACGGAUACGAUGGGCGGGAACCAGGAGGCGCACCACGAGGACUUCCAGCUCAAGGACACGAACCCGCUGCUGGGCGAGCAAUGGCCCAAAGGCGCAGCAGGCCCGGCACGCCCAGCCGUGGGCGGCGGCAUCGCCGGUUGGCUGGGCAUGGACAAGCCAUCAAGCACGUACGACCUUGUGGAGCAGAUGUUCUUCCUGUACGUGCGCGUGGUGAAGGCCAAGGACCUGCCCCUGAACCCGGUGACCGGCGCUCCCAUGGACGCCUACGUGGAGGUGAAGCUGGGCAACUACAAGGGCACCACCAAGCACCACGACCGGCGGCUCAACCCGGAAUGGGACCAGGUGUUCGCCUUCUCCAAGUCCCGCGUCCAGUCCAACGCCCUGGAGGUGUUCCUCAAGGACCGCGAGAUGCUGGGCCUGGGCCGCGACGACUACGUGGGCCGCGUCGUCUUCGACCUCGGCGAGGUCCCCACCCGCGUCCCGCCCGACAGCCCGCUCGCCCCGCAGUGGUACCGCCUCGAGGACCGCCGCGGCGGCAAGGUGCGCGGCGAGCUGAUGCUGGCCGUCUGGAUCGGCACCCAGGCCGACGAGGCGUUCCCCGAGGCCUGGCACUCGGACGCCGCCACCGUGCGCGGCGAGGGCGUGGCCAGCGUGCGCUCCAAGGCCUACGUCUCCCCCAAGCUCUGGUACCUCCGGGUGAACGUGAUUGAGGCCCAGGACGUGCAGCCGCAGUCCCGGGGACGCGCACCCGAGGUGUUCGUCAAGGCGCAGGUCGGGAACCAGGUCCUCAAGACGUCCGUGGCACCGGCGGCCGCGACGCUCAACCCGCGGUGGAACGAGGACCUGGUGUUCGUCGUGGCCGAGCCCUUCGAGGAGCAGCUGGUCAUGACCGUGGAGGACCGCGUGUCGGCGCGCAAGGACGACUUGCUUGGGCGCGUCCAGCUCCCGCUCUCGAUCUUCGAGAAGCGGCUCGACCACCGGCCCUUCGUGCAGUCCCGGUGGUUCGACCUCGAGAAGUUCGGCAUCAACGCCAUGGAGGGCGAGACGCGGCGUGAGCUCCGGUUCGCCAGCCGCGUCCACGUCCGCGCCUGCCUCGAGGGCGCCUACCACGUCAUGGACGAGUCCACCAUGUACAUCAGCGACACCCGCCCCACGGCGCGCCAGCUCUGGAAGCCGCCCGUGGGGGUGCUCGAGGUCGGCAUCCUCGGCGCGGCCGGGCUGCAGCCCAUGAAGAACCGCGACGGCCGCGGCAGCACGGACGCCUACUGCGUGGCCAAGUACGGGCAGAAGUGGGUGCGCACGCGCACCAUGAUCGGCACCUUCAGCCCCACCUGGAACGAGCAGUACACCUGGGAGGUGUUCGACCCUUCCACCGUCAUCACCAUCGGCGUCUUCGACAACUGCCACCUCGGCAACAACAACAACAACAACAAUGCAACCGGAGCGCCACCGCCGCCACCGGCGAGGGACGCGCGCGUGGGCAAGAUCCGGAUCCGGCUGUCGACGCUGGAGACGGACCGGGUGUACACGCACGCGUACCCGCUGAUCCUGCUGCAGCCAUCGGGGGUGAAGAAGAUGGGCGAGCUCCGCCUGGCCGUGCGCUUCACCUGCCUCUCCAUGAUGAACAUGCUGCACCUCUACACGCAGCCGCUGCUCCCCAGGAUGCACUACCUGCACCCGUUCACGGUCACCCAGCUCGACGCGCUCCGGUACCAGGCCAUGGGCAUCGUGGCGGCGCGCCUCGCCCGCGCCGAGCCGCCGCUGCGCCGGGAAGUGGUCGAGUACAUGCUGGACGUCGAGUCCCACAUGUGGAGCAUGCGGCGGAGCAAGGCCAACUUCUUCCGCGCCGUGUCGCUCUUCUCGGGCGCGGCCGCCGGGGCCCGGUGGUUCAACGACGUGUGCCACUGGAAGAACGUGGCCACGACGGCGCUGGUGCACGUGCUUCUGUUGAUACUGAUAUGGUACCCGGAGCUCAUCCUGCCCACGGUGUUCCUCUACAUGUUCAUGAUCGGGCUGUGGAACUACCGGAAACGGCCGCGCCACCCGCCGCACAUGGACACGAAGAUGUCGUGGGCGGAGGCCGUGCACCCGGACGAGCUGGACGAGGAGUUCGACACGUUCCCGACGUCCAGGCAGCAGGACGUGGUUUACAUGCGCUACGACCGGCUGAGGAGCGUGGCCGGGAGGAUACAGACGGUGGUCGGCGACAUGGCCACGCAGGGGGAGCGGCUGCAGUCGUUGCUCGGGUGGCGUGACCCGAGGGCCACCUGCCUGUUCGUGGUGUUCUGCCUCCUCGCCGCCGUCGUGCUCUACGUCACGCCGUUCCGGGUGGUGGCGCUCGUUGCCGGGCUGUAUCUGCUCCGGCACCCGCGGUUCCGCAGCAAGCUCCCGUCCGUGCCGAGCAACUUCUUCCGGCGGCUGCCGUCGCGGGCUGACAGCAUGCUCUGAAUAUCAAAGCUCCGCGUGUUCUUCUUCCAUCGGCUUCAGAGUUUUGAUUCAUCCGGAUAGACAGAAAAACAGAGGCUGUGAUUUCGUUUUCAUAAGAGUGUGUUAUUAAGUACUCCGUUUUACAGAUUACAGUACUAGUAAGUUUGGACACUUGAGACUUCAGAACAUCCCCUCCUUGUAUCUAUGUCUUCUGCCUCAUGAAAAUCUCUCCGUUCCAAACAGGGUCUGACUGCCUGAGUGGUCUUCAGUACCAAACUACUAAACGUUUGUGAUCUUCCAGCUAAAAGAAAUGUUUGUGAUCUUCA